AUGGCAUUCCUCGAGGACCCCCGACUGCGUCAACGUUGGAAUCAGAUCGCGCACGAUACCGAGACGAUAACAGAGAACGCAGCAGCUGGAAUUUGGACAUUUCAGCAUAAUUACAUCAACCCUUGUUUCUCCUCCAUUGCGCACUCGUUUGAACAGUGUACAACUGUUUGUUUAGGUGACCCCGAAGAACGUUUGCGACGGCGUAGAGAACGAGAGCUGUCGCAUGGUAGGGCUGAAUAUAGCUUCGACUUUUACGAUGAUUGGUAUGAAGAAGAGCAAAGCGGUCUCUUUGGAGCAUGGGGCAACGAGGACUGGGAUAGAUUGCUGGCUGGGACCGGCAGUUCGCGAAAGCAUAAUGGAGCAGAGGCAGAACAGCCACGCAGGAAACGUGGCAUGAGCUACGGAACUCGAGACAGACGACGAAAACCAAGCAUGGAUGACGAUCCAACUGUUAUUCCCAAGACUCAACCAAUUGGAUUCCUCAGUAAACUACCAUGGAAAGUGGGCGGUACUCUACGAUACAAACCUAGUGCGGCAGAUUUACAAGACCAUCCACAUCGACAUGGCGCUGGAGAGGAUGAACCACUACUACAUUCAGAUGAUGGAUCCGACCUCGAUCUCGACCGACCAGUGACUAGAAAGCGCAGCGGAACGACUGGGUCGGGUGAUACAUCAGACUCGUAUCGAUCACGAGGAGACUUAUUCCCAAGUGAUGGCGAGGGCGAGGAAGACGCCGUUCCACUAGACGAUGAAGUAACAUAUGACAUGGUCAGAAAAGACGACAGGAGCGGACGAAGCGCGAGGACAAGCAGCAAGGGUAAAAGACCAGCAGGCGGAUUAGCUGGUUCAAGGACGGUCUCACGAACAACACUAGGAUCUUGCACAUCAAAAGACGAUUUCCGAUUGGAGCGUCGUUCAACCUCAUACUCUGCCACAACAGACGUAGAAGAGACGCCGACUCUGCACGACUUGGAAAGAGAGGAACAUUUGCUACAAAAAGAAGAGGACAAAGCCGUGGAGAGAAAGAAGCAAGCCGCAGCAAAACUUGCAGCAGAAAAAGGUCUUGCACUAAGAGGAUCUGAACCGCAAUACUUCCCCGACACAAAACCACAGGUAGCAGAGGACGACGUUUAUGAAGCAUCGCCCUCCAAGGCCGCCUGUCAACACGUGGAGGAGGUUGGGGAUACGCUACAUGUAUCUAAGCGAGGCGAGCCGGAGCGUGCCAAGAGCCCCCAGGGCUCGGAUGAUACAGAGUCGCCAGAAAAGACGGAUUUCGUCCCAGCGCGUUUACCUCACUUCUAA